CGUGUCAAUCAUGCGUGUUUGGCAGUCUAAAUAUGGACAUGAUUAUAUAGGGUUCAGAGAUUAGCGUUGCAUAACACCAUCACGUGCUAAUAUUCAAUAAUAUGAUUGGCUGCUGCAUCAAGUCCACACAGCGAGAAUUGCAUCACACAUGCCAGUAUUCAGCAGAGCGUAAACAACUUGCAGUAAUAUAGAAGGCAAUUUGUAUGGCGUUUACGAAGAAAAUAACUCGCGACACUAAAGCAAAUCUCUUGACUCGUCAGAGCUCUUUAUUUAAACGAGAAAGACGAGGAGAUAGCCCACGUGUUAUCGCCAAUCGCUUGACUUGCCAGCGAGCUUUAUGCAAUAGAAGAGAAAGGCAAGGAGAUAGCCCACGUGUUAUCGUCAAUCGCUUGACUUGCCAGCGAGCUUUACGCAAUAGAAGAGAAAGGCAAGGAGAUAGCCCACGUGUUAUCGCCAAUCGCUUGACUUGCCAGCGAGCUUUAUGCAAUGGAAGAAAAAGGCAAGGAGGUAGCCAGCGUGUUACCGUCACAGACCUUGUUCACGGGUCUAGUACAACGGUGCAAAAUCGUGUUCAGUGCAAAGAGAACUCUACCAGAUCUAACGAGAAUCUAUCUAUAUCAAAGCUUAUCAAUACUGCUAUAAACACUGCUAUAAAUGUGAAACUAUUGAAAUCUAAAGUGACAUUGAAUUCACGCGAAAACGUGAAAGUGACUCAUGAAACACAAGGUGACCUUGGGAAUGAGUCGAAGGUCAAUGAGACUUGUUAUUCUGAAACAUGUCACAAUUCUAGUACAGAAAAAAAUAAACAAAACUCUACCGCAUUACCAAAUUUCAACAACACACAUGCGAGUAUAGUGAAAGAACUAUUACCUUUGCCAUCAACUCGUCCAUAUAAUAAUUUUAGUCGAAGUAGAUCACGCAGUAAACAUUUAACACAUGUCAAAAGCCGAGAUCGAGAGCCGUCUAGAAUUCCCGUUAAAAAGUUAGUUCAUUUGAUGAACAAAAAUAGAAAAAGUAGGCGUUUAAUAAAACGGUUUAUUAAGCAGUGUAUUCCUAAAUCAUCUUGCUUUCACAAUUUGCUUUCCACAAGAUACCGAAAAGAUAUAAUUCUGCAACAAACAAAUGCAUAUAUGUGGAAAUUUAGGAAGCCAUUUCAUGCUAAGUCUAAGAGAAUACGAAGAGUUGUACAUAAACAAUUGUCAAUGACAAUGCACAACUUGGCAAUUCUGAAAAACAGUACAAAGCGUGCUAGAACUAGAAAACAUAAAUUGUUUAAGUCAUACAGCGUUAAAGUUGUGGGCAGUAGUAAAUGUAAUAUGCAAAGAAUAAAGACAUCUGACAGAAAUUUCUUAUUUGUGUCUGGUGAUGUAGAGUUAAACCCAGGACCCGUAAAUACUUUAAAUAUGUCAGUAUUGACCACAAGACUAGCUCGAAUAGGACGAAAGCCAGUGAACAUUGUCGGUGAUGGUAACUGUUUGUUUCGUAGUGUAAGUCAUCAGCUUUACAGAACAGAAAGUCGUCAUGCCCAGAUAAGAGCUCUUGCAAUCCAACAUUUAAUAAACUGCCCAGAACAUUUCAUAGAGUCUAAUACUGAACAAUCAUGGUCGCAUUAUUUACAGAAUAUGUCACGGCUAGGCUCAUGGGCAGACCAUAUUAUCAUACAGGCAGUUGCGAAUGCAAAUAAUUUAAGAAUUCACAUCACAGAAAGUGCACAAAAUUUUACUGAAACUACAGUUGUAACCUCUAUUUAUGCUCAGGAAAAUGUAAGAGAUAUUUAUAUUGGACAUAUUGACGAACUGCAUUAUGUUUCUACAACGCCAAUUGAGCAAUCUGCUUCUCAACAAAUAGAAAAUCAGACAGCAACUGAUAAACAAAAUUCGCAAUCUAAUACUAAUAGUAAUAAACGUAUCUCGGAAAACUCCGUCUCAAUGAAAAAAAAUCAUAAAAGAAAAGAAUACAUGAAGGAAUACAUGAAAAAAAGAAGGUCGAACAACGAAUUUAAAAAAAAAGAAAGCGAGAGAAAAAAGUCAUAUAAUAAGAAAUACAAAAACUCGAAUUCUGAAAAAAUUAAGGAAUCUUGGCAAAAAGCCAGUGCAACAUACAGACAAUCAAAUCCUGAAAAAGUAAAAGAGAGUUUUAAGACAGCCAGUGCAACAUACAGACAAUCAAAUCCUGAAAAAGUAAAAGAGAGUUUUAAGACAGCCAGUGCAACAUACAGACAAUCAAAUCUUGAAAAAGUAAAAGAGAGUUGUAAGACAGCCACUGCAGCAUACAGACAAUCAAAUCCUGAAAAAGUAAAAGAGAGCUUUAAGAUAGCCAAUGCAACAUACAGACAAUCAAAUCCUGAAAAAGUAAAAGAGAUUUGUAAGACAGCCAGUGCAACAUACAGACAAUCAAACCCUGAAAGAGUAAAAAAGAGUUGUAAGACAGCUACUGCAACAUACAGACAAUCAAAUCCUGAAAAGGUCAAAGAAUCAAAUAAAACAGCCACUGCAACAUACAAAAAAUUAAAUCUUAGAAAGGUUGCGGAAUUGUCAAAAUUGUCAAAUAUUACGUACAAGCAGAACUAUUCGGAAAGAGUUAAGGAUACUCAAAAAAGGAAAUAUCUUAAAAGAAAGUUAGAAUGUGGUGAAAGUGAAACUAAGAUGAUUAAAUACAAUAAAGUAGACAAUUCGAAUGACAAUUCAUGCGAAACUCUGCAAAUACCUGGUAACUCUGAUGAUUCGAGACAAGAAAUCGACGUAACAAAGGCAAUUGAGUUAUUUCAUAAGAACAUUAGUGUUGGACCAGAAUAUAUUUGCACCUGUUGCGACCAAUUAUGGUAUAGAUCAUCUGUCACUGAGUGCAAUGUUUCUUUAUAUAAAUCUUGUUCAAAAGAAAUCCUUAAAAUAUGUCUUACUGGUCUAAAAAGCAUUGAUAACACUGAAUGGAUAUGUGGUACAUGUCACUCAAACUUAAAAGUUGGUAAACUUCCAAGUUGCUCAAAGGCAAACAAAAUGACUUUCCCAGAAAAGCCCGAGGUUUUAGAAAAUUUAACACCUCUUGAAGAAAGACUAAUUUCGCCGAGAAUACCUUUUAUGCAGGUACGGGAAUUGCCUAGUGGAGGUCAAUUAAGUAUUCAUGGGAAUGUAGUUAAUGUUCCUGCUGAUGUUAACACAACUGUUAGUGUUUUACCAAGACCAAUUAACGAGUCACAAACUAUUCCAAUAAAAUUGAAACGACGGCUUGGUUAUAAACACCAUUAUCAAUUUCAGAACGUUAGACCUACAAAAGUUUUAGAUGCAGCUCAAUACUUGGUUCGCACUAGUGAAAUAUUCAAAAAUGAAGGAAUACAAGUAAUGGAUAAUUAUGUGUCAAAUCCAGUCAAUAAGGACGAAGAGUGGUCAGAAUUUAUUGCCAAGAAUACUAAGGAGACUUCAGAUAAUCUGUCAAACGAUUUGAAUAUUGAAAAUCAAGAAACAGUGGAGACACGAGUAAGUAACGACUCCGUUGACAAUGACACUGAUGAUGAAUGGUGUGAAGUAACUGAACGACCAUCAGGUGUUAUGGAUACAUUAUUACAAGAACCUGACAUUACUCAAGAUGGUGAUAAAAUAAUCAGUUUUGCACCAGGAGAAGGAAAUAGACCACUUGGUAUAUUUAUAGAUAAAGAUGCUGAAUUUUUGUCUUUCCCUACCAUUUACUGUGGCAAACGUCAAGCUGAUAACAGUGAAAGACUUGUUCCUGUUCACUAUAGUACAAUUUGUAAAUGGGAAUUACGAAGUCGAGAUCGAAGAGUUGCUCAAUCUGUGCCAAACAUUUUUUAUAAAUUAAAAAAAUUACAGAUCAGACAAAUCCAAGGAAGUGCAAGUUUAUCAUUGCGUAAAUGUAAAACCAAAGGUAAAACGUACACAGCAGGGGAUUUGAAGUCUGAAAGUUCUGUUAAUAAGCUAAUCAAUUUAGAUGAAGGAUUCAGAGUUUUAAGAAAUUUACGCGGUUCCCCUCCAUACUUUGAAAGAUGUAAGAAGGAUCUAUUUGCAAUGAUUCGUCAGCUUGGUAAACCUACAUGGUUCUGUUCAUUUUCAGCUGCUGAAACGCGUUGGAUUCAUUUGAUUAAAAUUCUUGGUCGUCUUAUUGACAACAAACACUAUACUGACGAUGAGGUUAAGCAAAUGACUUGGCAAAAGAAGUCUGAACUGAUACAGAAAGAUCCAGUAACAUGUGCUCGAAAUUUUGAACAUAUGGUGCAACAAUUUAUUCACAAUUUUAUUAAAAGUUCAUGCCAUCCAAUUGGAGAAGUUGUUGACUUUUUCUAUCGUGUUGAAUUCCAGCAAAGAGGUUCUCCACAUAUCCAUGGAUUAUUCUGGAUAAAAAAUGCACCUGAGUAUGGUAAAGAUUCCGACGAAGAUAUUACCAAUUUUGUAGAUAGCUACGUUUCAUGUAAAGCUGACUCAGAUGAUUUAACUGAACUCGUAAAUUUACAAAGGCACAAACACUCUAAAACAUGCAAGAAAAGAGGAAAUGCUGUUUGCAGAUUUAACUUUCCUUUACCGCCAAUGCCGAGAACUAUGAUUUUAGAGCCUUUGUCUGAGACUGAUCUAGAGGAAAAUGUUGCAGAUAUAUUAAAGAAAGCUUUAGGACAGAUACGUUCAUUAUUAGACUCUAUUAAAGCUGAUGAAACCAUGACCUUUGAUGAAUUUCUCAAAAAGUUAGAUUUAUCAGAACAGCAAUAUCUAAAGGCUAUACGGCUUUCUCUUAAACAUAACACUUUGUUAUUGAAACGAUCGCCAGCUGAGAUUAGAAUCAACUGUUAUAAUCCAAACUUACUCAGAGCUUGGAAAGCUAAUAUGGAUAUUCAGUACGUAUUAGAUCCUUAUGCUUGUGCUGUUUAUAUCCUUUCAUAUAUUACUAAAGGUCAAAGAGGAAUGAGCAAGUUACUUCGUAAAGCAUGUGAAGAAGCAAAAGAAGGCAAUAAGAAUAUUGUUAACAAGGUGAGACAUAUUGGUAACAAAUUUCUCAAUGCUGUUGAAAUAAGUGCACAAGAGGCUGUCUACUUAGUAAUGCAAAUGCCUUUGAGACGAUCGUCUCGAGAAUUCCAAUUUAUCAAUACAUCUGACCCACAUGAAAGAACAUUCUUGUUAAAAAGUAUGGAUAAAAUUAAAGAACUUCCUGAUCAUUCUGUUGAUAUUGAAUCAGAUAACAUUAUUAAAAGAUAUCAGAGAAGACCGAAGAAAUUGGAAAAUUUAUGUCUGGCUGAUUUUGUGGCUUGGUUCAAUUGUAAAAGUGACAGUAAUCAAAAAAGCAAACUUAAAUCAAAUUCACCAUUAAUAGAUGAUUAUCUUACAGAGAGUAAUUUCGAUGAUAAUGUAGAUGAUGAUCUUUCUGAUAAAGAACAGAAAAUAUUUGAAAAUGAUGAAAAUGAUGAAUAUGAAAUGAAAGGUGGAAUGACGCUCGUGAAGAGACAAAAGCCAAGAAUCAUACGGUCGGUUAGAUUUAAUAAAACCAAAGAUCCAGAAAAUUAUUGUAGAGAACAGAUAAUGCUUUACACCGCUUGGAGAAAUGAAAAUACAGAUCUUCUGAAAGACUUUGAAACUUACCAGGAUCGAUAUGAAAUUAUCAAAGAUGUGAUAGAACAAAACAGAAAACAAUACGAGAAUCACACCGAAGUUCUUGAUCAGGCAGUACAAGAUAUUGAAAGUGAAGAAAAUCUAGUCGCUCCGAAUACGCAGUAUAGAGAUGAACAAGACAGAGAAAUUGGGCCAAAAGCAAGUGAAUUAUUCGGAUGCUUCGAUCCUGGAAAAGAUAAACAACAUGCCCAAUACGACCUGAUAAAUGAUAUUGGUAUAUAUCCACGAACAAAUGAUGAUGAAGAACUUGUUGUAAAAAGACUGAGUGAUGCCGAUUUUAGAAAACUUGUCCAAUCACUUAAUGUUGAACAAAAAGAGUUUUUUUACCAUGUACUGAACUCUGUCAAAACUGAUAAGCUGCCAAUGAGACUGUUUUUAAGCGGAGGUGCUGGUGUAGGUAAAAGUACUGUCACUAAUGCUUUGUAUGAAGCUCUCAUAAGAUACUUAAAUUCUCAACCUCAGAAUGAUCCUGAUGAUGUCAGUGUUGUAAAAGUAGCCCCAACAGGCAAAGCUGCUUUCAACAUAAGAGGAAAUACACUUCAUUCCGCCUUUAAAAUUCCUGCAAACAGAGGAUUCAAUUAUUGUACACUAGAUAGAGACAGAUUGAAUACAAUAAGAUCUCAGUUACAGAGAAUGCAAGUUAUUUUUAUUGACGAGAUAUCUAUGGUAGGAAGUGCUAUGUUUAAUUUUCUUGACUUACGAUUGCAACAAAUCAUGGGUACAAAAGAACCAUUUGGCGGUCUUAGCAUAAUAACAGUUGGCGACUUAUUUCAACUGAAACCCGUGUUCGAUAAUUGGAUAUUUGAGAAUUCAAAGGAUGGUUAUGCUGCAUUAGCAACAAAUCUCUGGCAAAAAUAUUUUCAAAUGUUUGAAUUAUCUGAGGUUAUGAGACAAAGGGAAGACAAAGAAUUUGCUGAAAUUUUAAAUCGUAUAAGAGAAGGAAAUCAUACUGAAGCUGACAUUGAAGUUUUGAAAGAAAGAAUUUUAAACAUUAGUCCACAACAUCCUGAUUAUCCAAUAUCUUUAACCCAUUUAUUCAGUACUAAUAUGGCAGUUGAUCAACAUAAUCAUGACGUUUUCCAGAAAUCUUCAAACGAGAAGGUCGACAUUAAAGCAAUAGACAUUGUACUUGGAGAUUUAUCUGACGACUUAAAAGAAAGACUCAAAAAACAAAUCCCAAACGAUCCUUCGAAAACCAUGGGCUUGUACUCAGUAUGUUCAAUACUUAAGGAAGCAAAAUAUGACCUCACGACAAACGUGUCAGUUUUAGAUGGUAUGACUAAUGGUGCUGAAUGUAUCAUCAAGAAAAUCGAUUACCGAGUAGAAGGUUCAUCAAGACCAAGUAUUAUCUGGGUUUUAUUUCAAGAACAACAUAUUGGGAAUGAUUAUCGCAGAGAAUACUCUUAUCUUUACAAUCAAAGUAUAGAAAAAAAUUGGGUUCCAAUUCUUGAGGUAAAAAGACAGUUUACAAAAAAUAAAAUACAAGUUCUUCGCAGACAGUUUCCUUUAAGACCAUCUGCAGCCAAAACUAUUCACCGUUGUCAAGGAGAUACAUUAAAUGAAGCCGUUGUUGACCUUCCAUCGUUAAAGCGAGAGCAUAUGCAUUACGUUGCUCUUAGCAGACUUAGAAGCAUUUUGGGAUUACAUAUUCUUAAUCUGAACGAAAAGAAAAUAGCUGUGAGCAAGAAGGUACAAGAAGAAAUGACAAGACUAAGACAAAAUUCUGUACUUAAAAGUCAUCUUCCAUUUCUCUAUAAAGAUACUAGUGAGACAUUUAAAAUAUUAUUCCAGAAUGUGAGAUCAUUACAUCUUCACGUUGCUGACGUUGCGAGUGACUAUAGUGUAAAAGCAGCAGAUAUUAAUAUAUUUGUAGAAACUGCUCUAUGUAGUAAUGACGACAAUGAAUUGUAUCAGAUUCCAGGAUUUCAACUAUUCAGAAAUGACUUCAUCCCAGAUGGUGCUAGAACACCUUACGGAACUGCUGCUUACGUAAAAGACAAUAUACAACUCAUCUUAGAACCUUCAAGGUGCAACUAUAAUCAUGUAGAAAUGACAUUACUCAAAGUAAACCAUCCAGUAAAUAAUUUACAUGUUGUAGGAAUUUAUCGCUCUAAAUCAAAAGUAAAAAUUUCAAUGUUCGUAGAUGCUUUAAAACAUUUGCACUCCACGUAUAUAAAUGACCCAAAUACUCCUGUUAUCAUCGUUGGUGAUUUUAAUGUUAACCUUUUUGAAAAUGCAUCCGACAAAAAUACACUUUCUAAAUAUUUAAUCGAAGAAAAGCAAUACGUGCAACUUAUUAGCCAAGUGACAACUGACUAUAAAACACAAAUUGAUCACAUAUACACUAAUAUCCCUGAAAGAGUAAAAAGUAGUGGUGUUUUAGAAUCGUACUUUAGCGACCAUAAGCCUAUUUUCGUGUCACUUAUUUGA